AUGUAUGUAGUGACAGUCAGUUACGAUCUUCGCGAGAAAACCGACGAAUUUGACUACAUUUUGCUGUUAAGAGCUGAAAUUUCCGGCGCGUUCGUAAAAAGAUAUCCAUACGUUCCUCGACGCAAACCCCGUCUGAGUUCUGGGAGCGACCUGACCUGUCAGUUCUGCCGGCAGACGUACCUGUGCCGCGCCACCCUCCGCCAGCACAUGAAAAGCCACACCGGUCUCACCUUCUGCUCCUACUGCUUCAAGGCCUUCUCCAACCCGAGCAACUUCCGCAGGCACCUCGUCCGCAUCCACAAUGAUCGACGCGGCGACGCCUACUUGGACAAGCCCAAAGCCACCCCCGCCGAUGAGGAACCAAGCCUCGCUGAGGAAGAGCAAAGUGUCGCAGAAAGAUACCCUAGUCCCGUCGUCAAAGAUGAAAACCUCGACGAAGGAGACCAUCGCAAACCAACAGUCACCCAUGCAGUGUAUCUUGAAGAUUUGAAGGAUUUUUCAAACGCUUUCGCCGCUGAGGUCCCGAUAAAGUCCACCGCUGCCGAUACCCCGAACCUCCGAAAACGCUUCGCGUGUGAUCUUUGUCGCACAUCGUACAAGCAUCCCAAGGGGCUCCGGGAUCACAUGAAAAAGCACAGUGGUGAAACCAAGUGUGAUCUGUGUUGGAAAGUGUUUUCAACCAUCUCCUCUUUAAAAACUCAUAUGAAAUUGACGCAUAACCUCCGUUAA